AUGCUAGUAUCCACCGUAGUUUUUUUACAAAUUUUGUUUGUUCGUAUUUUAAUUACUCACGGUGAAGAUACAUUUGAUUGUACAGGUUAUGAAGAUGAUUCAUAUCAUCCAAUAUAUGAUGCCGAUGAUUGUCGUCGUUAUUGGCAUUGUAUUUACGUUAAUACUGUUUAUAUGCAUGCAGUUAAACGUGUUUGUCCAGCUGGAACUGAAUUUGAUGCAACAUUGAGAAAAUGUGAAACAUCAAGUUUAGUGGAUUGUAAACCGCCAAAAUCACCUCAUAUGCCAAGAACAACAUCGACUACAAGAGCAUGGAAAUGGAAAUAUUCAAGAUUAUUUUCACAAAAAUAUUGGAGAACAACAAUACCAUAUUUUAUGUCAACAAGAAAGCAUCGUGUAUUUGAUCUAGGAGAUUUUGUUGAGAAUGAUAUGACAACAACGAUAAUGCCAGAAACCGAAACAACUGAAAAAAUUCAAGUAUUACCGUUUACACUCUCUCAACUAACAACUAGUUUUUCUUUUGAAAAACUUUCAAAAGAUAUUCAUGCUCUUCUAUUAAAACGUCGUCCAUAUAAAAAUAAAUUAGCAGCAGCAAAACUUUUCCAACCAGGUGAACCAGAAAAUGAAGCGAUUGUUUAUACAUCAACAAUAAAACAACGAACAAGACGCACUCGUUAUAGUACUCAAUCGAUUUCAAUAGAUACAACAACACAAUUACCAUUAACAACUUUAUUUAUUACAGCGGAAGCAACAAUGAUAACUACCAUGUCUACUGCAUCAACACUUCAUACGACAACUACAACGAUAACAACAACUAUUACUUAUCCGUUUACUUCAACAUUAAUAACAACAAUUAUUACUCAACCGGAUUCAACAAUACAUAUCAAUCCACAAUUACGUAUUGGUGGUCAUAGUCGACGUAAUAAUAUGACUUUAUAUAUUUUAACAAGUGAUGAACAUAAAAUUCGACGAUUUUCAAUAAAUCAUACACGUGGUUUCUUAAUUAAUUGUAAUCAAUUACGACGUCGUCUUCUUGGUCGUCGACGAUUACGAGAUAUUUUUCAAACAACAACAUCAACAAAUAAUUCUUCAAUCAUAAAAAAUUCCUCAACUUCAUCAAUACAAACAUUUCAUCAUAAUAUAUUGUCAUUAACAAUGUUAUCUUUCUUUUUUUUACAAAAAUAA